AUGAAUUCCAACAACUGGCUUUCUUUCCCUCUUUCUCCCACUCAAACACCUCAAUCCCACCACUUCUCAUUAGGGUUAGUCAACGACAACAUCAACGAAACCCCUUUUCAAAACCAAGGAUAUGGAGACUGGAAUUUAAUCAACAAUCAAGAAGCGAACGAAGUUCCGAAAGUAGCCGAUUUCCUAGGGGUGAGCAAAUCGGACCACCACGCAGCCCUAAUACCUUACAAUGAAAUCCAGUCGAGCGAUUCCGACUACAUGUUUUCGAGCAAUAGCUUGGUCUCGGUGCAGCACACUCUUGCAUCUGCUGUCACAAAUAAUAACUACGAAAGUCUUCAAGAAAACGGUUGCAACAUGCAGCAAUUGACUCUUUCAAUGGGGAGUGGUAAUAACAAGGGUUCGACCAGUGAGACGAGCGCCAGCUCAGCAACUGCGAUUGCCGAAAAUACGACGACUAGUAUUGUUGAGGCUGCUACCCCUAGGAGGACUUUGGACACUUUUGGCCAAAGAACAUCUAUAUAUAGAGGUGUUACUAGACAUCGGUGGACCGGGAGGUAUGAGGCUCAUCUAUGGGAUAAUAGUUGCAGACGGGAAGGCCAAUCUCGGAAAGGGCGUCAAGUGUAUUUGGGUGGUUACGAUAAAGAGGAUAAGGCAGCUAGGGCAUAUGAUAUGGCUGCACUAAAAUACUGGGGAACAUCCACCACUACUAAUUUCCCUAUCAGCAACUAUGAGAAAGAAAUCGAGGAUAUGAAAAAUAUGACAAGGCAAGAAUUUGUGGCUUCAAUCAGAAGGAAGAGUAGCGGAUUUUCGAGGGGAGCAUCAAUGUAUCGUGGCGUAACAAGGCACCACCAGCAUGGAAGGUGGCAGGCAAGAAUCGGAAGAGUCGCCGGAAACAAAGACCUCUACUUAGGAACUUUCAGCACCGAGGAGGAAGCGGCAGAAGCGUACGACAUAGCGGCAAUAAAAUUCCGAGGUCUAAACGCAGUAACGAACUUCGACAUGAACCGCUACGACGUGAAAGCCAUUCUCGAGAGCAGCACCCUCCCAAUAGGUGGUGGUGCCGCCAAACGCCUGAAAGAAGCUCAGGCGGUAGAAUCUUCUAGAAAACGCGAAGAAAUGAUAUCCCUAGGGUCCACCACCACCUUCCAGUACGGCAGCCCUAGUGGCGGCGGCAUAGGUCUACCUCUCCAAUCAUACCCUUUCACGCAGAACCACCACCCCUACGAAACUCAGCCUUUACUAACCCUACAAAACCACGACCAUCUCUCCAACCAUUACAGCAACAACAAUAAUAACAAUAAUAAUCAAGAAUCGUCGUCUCAUUACCAGAGCUAUAUUCAGACACAGCUGCAGCUUCAACAGCAGCAGCAGGGGUAUUAUGGUAAUUAUCUACAGAGUAGUAAUGAUCCGGUUUUGCUGCAUGGGUUGAUGAACAACAUGGGGUCGACGUCGAAUUCCGUAAUGGAUCACAACGGGAGCACGAGUACCGGUGGGAGUUACAGCGGGGCGGGUUUUCUGGGAAUGGGUAUGGGUAUGGGUAUGAGUAUGGGGGAAGGCGGGUCGGGUUCGGCUGAGGAACAGCUGGCGAUGGUGAAAGUGGAUUACGAUCAUAUGGGUUCGGGUGACAAUGCGGCUACUUACACCGGUUGGUCUGGAGAGACUACGGUUCAGGGUUCGUCUAAUCCCGGUCUUUUUACCAUGUGGAAUGAUAUUUAGAUAUAUAUAUUUAUAUUUCGAGAUUGAAAACUUUGCUAGCUACAUUAUCAUGUGGUGAUCGACGAUCUAGAAUCGGGAGAGGUUUAUUUUUAGUUUUUUAAUUUGUUUGUUUUCGAUGUUAUAUUAGGAUCGAUCUGCUGGAUUUUUUUACGUUGUUUGUCUGUCUAUGAUCAUGUAUUCUUGUGUAUGAAUGUUAUCGAUUAUUUUCGCUAGCUGGUUUUUUUUACUC